AUGUCAUGGUGGUUGCUGGCGCGCGGUUCGUCCACGGUCCACGGUUCGUCCGCCGCGCCGAGGAAGGACUUCUUGGACGUGGGCGGCUUCGGCCACGCGCUGGGCAAUGAUGUGACCAAGCUCGCUGACGAGUGCCUUCCAGGUGCUGGGAAGCUGCUGGACGCUGCCCGGAAGCUGCCCUUAGCCGCCAUCAUCCACACGAAGGAGGCUCAUCGGGAAGACUUGGCCGACUGCUGUGAGAUGAAGCUCUGUGGGCCGCGGUGCCCGCCGGAAGACAAGCGCAUCGGGCAGGUGAUGGUGGAAGGCAUGGGUCGACUCUUGGUGGAUGGUUCUCCUGGGAAUGACUUCGUGGACGCCGCCAAGCCACUGGAUGGCGAGAUUGUGGUGCCGAAGCCAGGCAAGGGCGCCUUCUUCAUGACCGGCCUCAACGAGAUUUUGCGCGACAAGGGCGUCAGCCACUUGAUCGUCUGCGGCGUCACCACCGAGGUCUGUGUGCAAACGACGAUGCGCGAGGCCAACGACCGCGGAUAUGAAUGCGUCCUGGUGGAGGAUGCCACGGCCAGCUACAUCCCAAAGUUCAAGGCCUCGGUGAUUGAGAUGGUGCGCUCCCAGGGCGGCAUCGUGGGCUACACCGUGGAGCAGGCCGAGGUGCCGGAAUACGUUUUCGUCGCCUUCGAACGAGGUGGCGAGAGCCCUGAAUGCAGCGGCGUGAGGACGUGGUUCCCGCGGUUCCCGCGAGCUCAGCGGGACCCAUCAACCACCGCCAUCGAUGGAAAGCCCGAAGUGUCUUCGGCUGAGACCAUGGAGACCUAUGACGAAGCGGAAAAGCACUUGGACAAUGGAGACCUUCAACUCUGCGUGAGGAGUGCUGAAGAUGCACUUGCAGAGUCCCACAAUGCAGGUCGUCCACCAGUCGCUUUGCACCUGCUGGUGCGUGCAAAGAAGCGCUUAGGUGCUCCAGCUGGUGAUUUGGUGCGGGAGGCCUCCGAGAAGGCGCGCAGCCAAGAGAUGCCGUGGAAGGCGGCGGUGAAGUUGGCCGAGAUCUCCUUGAGCUUGGGCGAGAGCCGACUGAGCGAUGCAAUAGAAGAAGCCAAGGACUUGAGGUCCUUAGCCGCGGAGCUGCCAGCCGCCGAGGGGAAGCUGCAUCGAUUGACCUUGAGCAUUCAGGUGACCGUUCAGCUGGCGCGGGGCGCCCUGGACGAGGCCAUGCGCGCGGCCAUGGAGCUCCUGGCCGCUGCCCAGCGGCGCCAGGACAAGGGCGCCGAGGCCGGUGCCUGGCUCCGGAUUGCUGAGGUCCAUCGUCACCGGGAGAUGAUGACCGGCUCGAGUGCCACCGCCUCCACCGCGGAGGAAACGCUCCAGGCUUCCGAGCGCUCGGCCGAGCUCUACCGGGGCGCCGCGGGCGCCGGCGUGGACGCCGCGGCGGAGCUGCGGCGGGGCGUGGGCUCGGCGCAGGUGGAGGCGGCGAGUGCGUGCGUGCGGCUGGGGCGGCUGCGGCAGAGCAUCUCCUUGGCCACGGAGGCCAUGGGUGUCUUCCGCUCCUUGGGUUUCCUGCACCGCUUGACCGGCGCGCUGGACGUGGAGCUCGAGGCGCGACGGCAGCUGAUGGAGCCCAUGAUCGGCCUGCAAGCGGCCAACCGUGAGCUGCAGCUGCUGCGAGAGAACAAGGGAGAUGGAGAAGCCACCCGAGGCUUCAGCCAGGCGGAGGCCGAGAUCCUGGAGGCCAUCGCGCGGACGCACGGCGCGCUGUCCGAGCCGCUAGGCGCGGUGCGGAACGCGCUGCUGGCGGCCGAGCUGCGGAAGGAGAUCCAGGACGAGGUGGGAGAGACCAGCGCGCUGCUGCUGGCCGCGGACCAGCAGCGGAACUUGGGCGAAAUGAUCGACGCCACCGAGACAGCAGAGCGCGCGCUGGCACUGGCGAGGAAGACGAGCCAUGCGCGACAUGAGGAAGAGGCCGCCCGCGUGCUCAGCCGCGUGCUGGCCGAACGAGGCUUGAACGACCAAGCGCCUCAGAGACCGCAGGCGCUCCAAGCACUAGAGGCCUUGAUCUCUGCAGUGAAGCUGCGUGAUGGGGCUGCAGCCAAGGACUCGGAGCGGAUGCUGAACUCCUAUGGCAACUUGGUGACCAACAAGGACAUCGCGGAUCAUGUGGUGCCGCUCAUCAGCCGAGAUCCCGACUCGGUGAAGUUCCUCAGGUGCAUGGUCUUCGGAAGGAGGGGAGGAGCUGACGGCAGGGCGGAGGGAGGAGCUGGGCUGGAACAUCGAGAAGCCAUACACCCAGAAGCAGAGUGGCAAGGAGAUCCGGCACUUGGACUUCUACUUGGCACACCGACUCUCAGGUAUGGGUUUCGGCCCUCAGUUCAAAGUGUGCGACAUGCCCUGGCGCGUCUGGGGCUCCACGCCGGCGGCGGUGUCGGUGAAUCAGCUCCCCGAGACCGAGGCAUGGCAGAUGGAGAUGAUGUUCCGUCCAGGCUUCAUCGAUGCCGGCCUGCAGUCCGGCAUGGUGCAUGCGCCCUUCUUUGA